AUGCCUCACCGGGUAUCCUCGUUCUUCCGGUCCCGUACCGCCUCAUUCGAAUCUCCAAUAGCCUCCAAGAAGAAGAGGAGUCGCCGCUCUUCAAGCAAUACACCUUCGGUCUAUGGCCGAAACUUCUCCGCCUCCUCCGCCUCCUCCUCCUCCUCCUCCUCCUCUUCCUCCAACUCCUCCAACUCCUCCUCCUCCUCCACCUCUUCUCUGCUUCUCGAAGACCACGCCGUCACGAUGCAGAGCGCUGUCAAGCGGCUGUCUCUUGGCCUUCACUCCCCAAGAUUGUCUUCGCAGCACCGCCCCGUUACGCUCGACAUGACGAUUGAGUCUCCGCCGCUGAUGAUGUACAACUCUCCGGCGACGAGCACCGGCGCAUUGCUUUCCGGUAUCCUGAAGCUCCAAGUCAACGAGGACCGGAUCUCGUUCGACGGCGAGUGCCAGAUGUCGCUGGCCAUGGAGGUCACCCACAAGGCACCGUUCCACGCUCAUUGCGAUGCGUGCUCCCACCAGCUCACCGAGUUGCAGAAAUGGAAGUUUAUGCAGGGUCCCGCAACCUUCAGACGAGGCGAGCAUACAUUUCCCUUCAGCUUCCUCCUUCCCGGCCAUCUGCCCGCGUCCCUGGACUCGCGCCUGCUGCGAAUCGAAUACGUCCUGCGGGCAUCCAUCACACCCCGGAGCGCCGAGACCAUCAAGUACGUGCACGUCCUCGAGGUCAAGCGCGCCAUCUGCCCCGCCGAGCAACCGCGCAAGUCGUUCCGCAUCUUCCCUCCCACGAACCUGACGGCCAACUGCGAUCUCCCCUCGGUCAUCUACCCGAUCGGCGAGAGCACCGUCGCCUUGCGCAUCGACGGGUGUGUCAAGCGCAACCCGGAGACCAAGUCGCAAACGCAGUGGAAGAUGAAGCGGAUCAACUGGAGGCUGGAUGAGACGGCCACGUGCGUCGCGCCUUCGUGCCUCAAGCACGGUGCCAAAUGGACCGGGAUGGAGAGUCUGAGGAAAGGCGUCGCCCGGAAGGAUGUCCGCAACAUCGGCACCGGGGAGAUCAAGACGGGGUGGAAGGCCGACUACACCUCCGCCGACGGCACGAUCGAGAUGGAGUUCCCCUUGAUGAUUCGACCCGACGCAGACCCGAUCUGUGAUACCAAGACGGAGGAUGACCUCGAGGUCUCGCACGUCUUGGUCGUGGAGAUGAUCGUGGCGGAGGAGUUUUGCCGCUUGAACAAACUUAGCCACGCCACGGCGACGGGCGCGGCGAGGAUCCUGCGGAUGCAUUUCAACGUGACGGUCACCCAGCGCGCGGGUAUGGGCAUCUCUUGGGACGAGGAGCAACCGCCCCUCUACGAGCACGUCCCUGCCAGUCCCCCGGGAUACAACGGUUCUUCCACCGAAGACUACUUCGGAGAGGAUGUGGCUUCUCUCGUCCGUCGAUGGUCUCUCGAUGUUGGAGAGUUUUAA